CUAGUACUGUAGUAGUAGAAUAUCAAUAUAGAAUGAGUGUUUCAUUUUCACUUUUUUUUCACUUUUUCAGAUUUUCUAUAUUGAAAGAUUUUGUCUUUACAUGAUUCUUGAUUUUACAGCAGGUGUCAAUACCAAAUGGGGUCUCUGCAAACACCCACAAAUCUUAGCAAUAAGUCAUGUUUAUGUGUGUCAGGGAGAGUUGUGAAGGGUUUGAGGGUAGAAAGACAAGUGGGGUUGGGAUUUUCUUGGUUGUUGAAGGGACGAAGAAACAGAAAGGUUCAAUCUUUGUGUGUUACAAGUAGUGUUUCAGAUGGUUCAUCAAUUGCUGAAAAUAAGAAAGUGUCAGAAGGGCUUCUUUUGGGUGCUGAGAGAGAUGGUUCUGGCUCUGUUGUUGGUUUUCAAUUGAUUCCACAUUCUGUUGCAGGAGAUGCAACAAUGGUAGAAUCUCAUGAUAUUGUAGCCAAUGAUAGAGAUGACUUGAGUGAGGAUACUGAGGAGAUGGAGGAAACCCCAAUCAAAUUAACUUUCAAUAUCAUUUUUGUUACUGCUGAAGCAGCUCCAUAUUCUAAGACUGGUGGAUUAGGAGAUGUUUGUGGUUCUUUGCCAAUGGCACUAGCUGCUCGGGGUCAUCGUGUAAUGGUCGUUUCACCUAGGUAUUUGAAUGGAGGUCCUUCGGAUGAAAAGUAUGCCAAUGCUGUUGACCUUGAUGUGCGGGCCACUGUCCAUUGCUUUGGUGGUGCACAGGAAGUAGCCUUCUACCAUGAAUACAGGGAAGGUGUUGAUUGGGUAUUUGUGGACCACUCUUCUUACUGCAGACCUGGAACGCCAUAUGGUGAUAUUUAUGGUGCAUUUGGUGAUAAUCAGUUUCGCUUCACUUUGCUUUCUCACGCAGCAUGUGAAGCGCCAUUGGUUCUUCCACUGGGAGGGUUCACUUAUGGAGAGAAGUGCUUGUUUCUCGCUAAUGAUUGGCACGCUGCCCUGGUUCCUUUACUUUUAGCGGCCAAGUAUCGUCCUUAUGGUGUUUACAAGGAUGCUCGUAGUAUUGUCGCAAUACACAACAUUGCUCAUCAGGGAGUGGAGCCUGCAGUAACCUACAAUAAUUUGGGUUUGCCUCCACAAUGGUAUGGAGCAGUUGAAUGGAUAUUUCCCACAUGGGCAAGGGCGCAUGCGCUUGACACUGGUGAAACAGUGAACGUUUUGAAAGGGGCAAUAGCAGUUGCUGAUCGGAUACUGACAGUUAGCCAGGGAUACUCAUGGGAAAUAACAACUCCUGAAGGGGGAUAUGGGUUACAUCAGCUGUUGAGCAGUAGACAGUCUGUUCUUAAUGGAAUUACUAAUGGAAUAGAUGUUAAUGAUUGGAACCCGUCGACAGAUGAGCAUAUUGCUUCGCAUUACUCUAUCAAUGACCUCUCCGGAAAGGUUCAGUGCAAGACUGAUCUGCAAAAGGAACUGGGCCUUCCAAUUCGACCCGAUUGUCCGCUGAUUGGAUUUAUUGGAAGGCUGGACUACCAGAAAGGUGUUGACAUAAUCCUGUCAGCAAUUCCAGAACUUAUGCAGAAUGAUGUCCAAGUUGUAAUGCUUGGAUCUGGUGAGAAACAAUAUGAAGACUGGAUGAGACAUACAGAAAAUCUUUUUAAAGACAAAUUUCGUGCUUGGGUCGGAUUUAAUGUUCCAGUUUCUCAUAGGAUAACAGCAGGAUGCGACAUACUAUUGAUGCCCUCAAGAUUCGAACCAUGUGGCUUAAACCAAUUGUAUGCAAUGAGAUAUGGCACCAUACCUAUUGUUCAUAGCACGGGGGGCCUAAGAGACACAGUGAAGGAUUUUAAUCCAUAUGCUCAAGAAGGAAAAGGUGAAGGUACCGGGUGGACAUUUUCUCCUCUAACGAGUGAAAAGUUGCUUGAUACACUGAAGCUGGCGAUCGGGACUUAUACAGAACAUAAGUCAUCUUGGGAGGGAUUGAUGAAGAGAGGUAUGGGAAGGGACUAUUCCUGGGAAAAUGCAGCCAUUCAAUACGAGCAAGUUUUCACCUGGGUCUUUAUGGAUCCUCCAUAUGUCAGAUGAUUUAUCAAGAAAGAUUGCAAACGGGAUACAUCAUUAAACUAUACGCGGAGCUUUUGGUGCUAUUAGCUACUGUCAUUGGGCGCGGAAUGUUUGUGGUUCUUUCUGAUUCAGAGAGAUCAAGUUAGUUCCAAAGACAUGUAGCCUGUCCCUGUCUGUGACAGAGUAAAACUACAAAGGCAAUUAGAAACCACCAAGAACUGGCUCCUUUGGGAGAAGAGUGGAAAUAUGUAAAAAAGAAUUUUGAGUUUAAUGUCAAUUGAUUAAUUGUUCUCAUUUUUUUUAAAAAAACAUCUCAUACAAUAUUUAAAAUUGAUCAUGAUUGAUGA